GUCAGCCUGGAAGGCGGGGAGAUGGCCACGCACUUCCUGGGCUGGGCGCCUGGAUGGCGCUGGCCAGUGGACUCUGACCCUGGCCGGGGCCACCCUGUCCUCACCCUCUCCGCUCCUCACUGCCGCUGCCCCCACCAUGCUGCCCCGCAGGGCUGUGCUCCUCUUGACUCUGCUCCUGGCCCCUGGGUCCUUGGGCCAGUGGGCUCUCCGGCCCCCGCGGCCCCCCCAGCCCCAGUCACCCAUCAGCGCCGUCCAGCCCAAGGCCGACUUUGAUGCCCAGCAGUUUGCAGGGACAUGGUUCCUCGUGGCCGUGGCCUCCUCAUGCCGCAACCUCUGGGAGCCCGGUCACCGGGCUGAGGCCACUGCGCUGCAGGUGACUCCCCAGGGCUCAGACAUGGCCGUCAGCACCUUCCGGAAGUUGGACGGGAUCUGCUGGCAGGUGCGGGAGCUCUACCGACACGCAGGGCGCCCCGGCCGCUUCCAGCUCCAAGAGGCCGCCCCGCAGGCCAGCAGGAGCCUCUGCCGCCACCUGGAGGGUGAGGCCUGCCGCCCCGCAAGGCAGAACGGUGCUCCGCUGCGCGGGGACCCCGGGCGCCCACGGCACCUGCCCGCCCAGCUCCCGCCCUGGCCCCGCGGGCUUCUGGACACAGCCCUGAGCCGCCUCACGCCCCUCACUUCCUGCGCAGCCCACAGCCAUGGACCUGCGGGGCCUCUGCGGACGCCCUACCCAGGCUGCGCCGUGGGCACCCUGCCAGCCGACGCCGUGCUGCAUUCAGGAGUUUAUUAG